UAUCACUGCUCUUGCUAAGGACUUAGACACCACUAUCACGUACACAACAUUUUGUAGUACUCGUUGACUUCUUCUACACCUGACUUUUCUUUUGGAGGGGGGAUUAUUAGGUUGAAGGUAAGAGUGGAAGACCUCAUGUUUGCCUGUUUUGACGUUGCAAAGUUUUGGAAUAAGAAUUAUGGUACAUGACUUUGUAGCCUGCAUGGCCAUGGGAUUCUGACUGUCCCAGGUGCAGAGUGUUGAAUGAGGGGUCUGGCUGGGAAGUGAGUGCAGGGGUGACCGGCGGACUGAAGGACGGGUGGGCUUUGUGCUCGCCUGCUGUGACAGGGUCUGCAGCUCUCGACCAGCAGCCCUCAUGCCACUCAUCAACAACAAAGUGGGUGACGAUGGCACUACCAGUUCACCAAAGACUCUGGAAGAGGGGAAGGUUCUUAUCGACUCACUCAUAAAGGUGGUGGCAUGUUACCGCCACCUGGCCUCGUGUGUGGGUGGGUGCACGGACAGCUUGCACCUGCGUGACGAGCUACGGCUAACGCGGGAGAAGGCCCAGAAGUUAGCGGUGGCCAGCCGUCACCACCUCACGGCACGGCUACGGGAUAAGACACUGCCCCAGGGGGAGAGACAGGAGAUGGAACUGCUCUGGGUGGCCUUCACCUCCAGUCUGGAACUCCUCCACGCAGACAUGUGCAAAGUCUUCAACAUGGGUUCCAACUUCUCCCUGAUCAAUAACAACACUUUAGUGCAGACUGGCAUUCAAGGGGAAACCAGUGAGGUGACAGCGCGGGCCCUCAGUCUGGCAGACCUGACCCGUGCAGAGAACCAGGUUCCCGCCAGCCUGGAGGAUCUGGAGCAGAGCCAGCUGGAGGAGGAGAUCGCCCAUGUGGAUGUCAUGCUGGAGGACAUGGAGGAGAAGGUCAACGUCCUGCGCUGGAUGGUGGAGGCCCGCGGGCCCCAGUACGCCGAACCGGCCAGCACGGACAGCGCCUCGUUGGGCCUCUUGUCCACGGACGAGGAGGCAGGUCCCCAAAGCCAGCAGUGCUGCGAGCGCAGCCAGAUUUUCAUGGUGCUGGUGCUGUGCAGCGUGGCAGUGGUGAUGGCCGUGCUGUCCGUCUGCGUGGUCUAUCUCUCAUGAGGAGGCUUGUCACCAGUGGAUUUCACCCAGGUUUUGUUGAGCCGCUAAAAGCAGUAGGACCUUAUGUUGCCAUAAAUUCCAUCCUCAUGUCAAUUGAUAUCCGAAAAUAUGGUUGUUGGAAGAAACUGGUGUUGUUGAAAGGGAGGGGUACUUUACAUAUUUCUUUAUUUGAAUAAAGAGCCCCAUUUAGAAUGAAUACACUCCAGGUUACACAGUUUGACGCUCCCAUUUCUGUUAGAAAGUCAAUAUCAAACACAUUCAAAAAGAGUUAGAUGCCCUGUGCAAUGUAGUUUAGCUAAUGUUAAUGUAUUGUAGUGGAAUGAAAUUGAACCAUUUAUGCUCUUUACUAAUGUAUGCUGACUACUGUAUAUGACAGUAAGGUUAAUUAAUUUUUAUUGAAAUGCAUUGAACAUAAUCUGUUUACACAACUUGACAGUGGUUGACAAAGUACACCCACCACAUUUAGGUCCAUGUUGUCAUUGACACUGAAGGUGUUUGUGCUGCCAGAUUACAAUGAAGAUCUUUGCACAUGAGUGCAAUGUGUGGGAGCAUAUCAGUUUGCUGACCUGUUGUGAAUAUUACAUUCUAAUGAAGAAUUUCAUGUGAAUAUUCUCAAUAUUGUGGCUUCCAUGUCACUUCAAACAAUAGGUUAGCUUACUGCAUUACUGAUAUUGUAUCCAGGCUUUCGCAAUACAGUAAUUAUUGCAGGAAUAUGUGUAGUACUUGUGGAGUAUUCUGUUUAUAUUCUGUCUUCAGAGUCCUCCGUAACCCAAAUACCAUAAACCUGACCCAGGUCUGGAACGGGUUCUACAAUAAAUCAAAUGGAACAUG